AUGGAACACACCAUCCAGCUUUUCACUAAUGGACAUAUGAUCCUUUCUGACAUCGACACUGCUGGCAAUGGCCAAGGCAACAAAACCCCCCUGGACAUCAAUCCAUCCACAGGCAAGGAGAGCAGCAUGCCUCUAGCAUUUUCCGACACCAAUUGGGGUGUGCACACCCAAGCUUACACAGUGUCUAUCAAUUGCUUGCCACACUCAGUCAUCCUUUGA